CCACCCCUUCCCCCACAAGAAGGGAAACAAGUCUUUCCAUUUCAUUUCAAUGGCUUCUUGCACCUCUCUUCCCAAGCACCCGCUCCCCUUGGUCCGACCAACAAUGUCUAAGAAUCCGGCUUCACAAAUAAUCUCAUUCCUCUCCAAAUCAUCAAACUCCCAAUUCUAUGGCCUUAGUCUCCCCAACCUCGCCACCUCUUCUUCCCCUCGUCCUUUAUCCCCAAGGACUCCCAUUCAUGCAAAGGUGUCCAAAGGUGAUGUUCCACCACCUUUUACAUUGAAAGACCAAAAUGGUAGGAAUGUAUCUCUCACCAGGUUCAAAGGCAAGCCAGCCGUGGUCUACUUCUACCCCGCUGACGAAACCCCUGGGUGCACCAAAGAGGCCUGUGCCUUCAGGGAUUCCUACGAGAAGUUUAAGAAAGCCGGAGCUGAGGUUGUAGGAAUUAGUGGUGAUGACCCUGCUUCUCACAAGGCAUUUGCUACAAAAUAUGGGUUGCCAUUCACCUUACUAAGUGACGAAGGGAAUAAGGUGAGGAAAGAGUGGGGGGUGCCUUCUGAUCUUUUUGGAGUAUUGCCUGGGAGGCAGACCUAUGUCAUCGAUAGAAAAGGGGCGGUUCAAUUGGUUUACAACAACCAAUUUCAACCAGAGAAGCAUGUAGAGGAGACCUUGAAGCUACUACAAAGCCUAUAAAAGCCUUUCUGUCAAUUCUUCUCAUUCUUUUUGUAUAUCUAUUGCCUACUCAUAUUUAACGACAAUGUUAAAGAUUUUAUGUUUAGCAUGGCAUGUAUUAGUGUCAUUAAUGAUCACUGCUUUAAGUUCAGUUAUAUUGGGCUA